AAUGUUGGCAGUUGACCCUGUGACGAUCCUACUGACUGUUGUCAUCAUCCUCUUCUUGGCCCAUGUAUACAACAAGAAGCAAGAAAAGUACAAGAAUUUCCCACCUGGGCCCAAACCACUGCCAAUCAUCGGAAAUAUCCUCAGUAUCGAUAUGAAGAAACCACAUAAGACAUUUAUGGAGCUAUCCAAAACCUAUGGUCCAGUGAUAGGUGUUCAGUUAGGGAUGGGGAAGAUAGUUGUCCUCUGCGGACUUGAAGCUGUGAAAGAUGCUUUAAUCAACCACGCUGAGGAAUUUUCUGACAGACCAAGGGCACCAAUACUUGAUAAAAGAGAAUAUGGCCUUGUUUUUUCUAAUGGAGAAAACUGGAAGGUGAUGAGAAGAUUUGCACUUUCCACACUCCGAGAUUAUGGGAUGGGAAAGAAAACUAUAGAAGACAAGAUUAGCGAGGAAGCUGAAUGCUUGGUACAGACUUUUACGUCACAAGGAGGGAAGCCUUUCAACAAUCGCACCAUCAUUAAUGCGGCUGUGGCCAACAUAAUUGUAUCCAUACUACUGAGUCGUAGAUUUGAAUACGAUGAUCCAACUAUACAGAAGCUCAUGAGUUUAGUUAAUGAGAAUGUAAGACUCCUGGGCUCACCUAUAGUCAGGCUGUACAACAGCUUUCCAUUUCUCAUAGGCUUGCUGCCCGGAGGCCACAAGAAGAUGGUUAAAAACCGACAGCAGAUUCAGAGCUUUAUAAGAGAGACAUUUACUAAGCAGAGGAAAGAACUUGAUGUAAAUGACCAGAGGAACCUUGUUGAUUCAUUCUUGGCCAAGCAACAAGAGGGGAAGCCGGAAUCAACUCUGUACUUUCAUGAUGAAAAUUUAACAGUCCUGGUGGCCAACUUGUUUGCUGCUGGAAUGGAGACAACAUCCACCACUCUGAGAUGGGGCCUCCUACUGAUGAUGAAGUAUCCUGAUAUACAAAAGAAAGUACAAGAUGAAAUUGAGAGAGUCAUUGGUACGGCUCAGCCGAGGUUAGAGCACAGGAAACAAAUGGCGUACGUCGAUGCUGUCGUUCAUGAGGUACUGCGCUAUGGUGAUAUAGCACCGGGAAGUGUUCCACAUGCAACGUCACAAGAUGUCACCUUCAGAGGAUAUUUUAUUCCAAAGGGAACCACAGUCAUCCCAGUGCUCUCCUCUUCAUUGAGAGACAAGUCCUACUUUGAAAAACCCUACGAGUUCUACCCAGAACAUUUUCUUGAUUCUGCAGGCAAUUUCAAGAAGAGCGAUGCGUUCAUCCCAUUCUCUAUUGGAAAAAGAAGUUGUGCUGGGGAAACAUUGGCUAAAAUGGAGCUAUUCCUCUUCUUUACAACACUGCUACAACACUUCACCUUCAAGGCCCCUCUUGGAGCUGUGCUGGACCUCACCCCUGCCCUGGGGGCUACAAACCCCCCAUUACCUCAUGAAACCUGUGCAAUCCCCCGCACCUAGA